AUGUCGUCUCCAACUGGUGAGGCCAAGCCAGAGGUCGCCCAUGGCGACGAGAAGGACUUCGGCGAGGUUCGCCAGGUCAACGCCGCCUCGGUGGCCCUCGCUGCCGCUGUCGCGGAGCAGAAGCCCAACCCGUGGUCCCGCAACAUGAUCUCCCUCUACGCCAUCAUGGCCAUCGGCUAUCUCGUCUCCACCAUGAACGGUUUCGACUCGUCUCUCAUGGGUGCCAUCAAUGCCAUGGACGAGUACAAGAACAGCUUCGACCUCCAGGGCGAUGAUGGUUCUGGCACCGGUAUCAUCUUCAUCAUCUACAACCUCGGCCAGAUUGCCAGUUUCCCCUUCUGCGGUCUCCUUGCCGACGGCCUUGGUCGCCGCUGGUGUAUCUUCAUCGGAUGCCUCAUCGUCCUUGUCGGCACUGCCAUCCAGGCCACCGCUCACGAGAAGGGCCAGUUCAUCGGUGGUCGCUUCGUGCUUGGCUUUGGCGCCUCUAUUGCCUCCGCUGCCGGCCCUGCCUACAUUGUCGAGCUUGCCCACCCUGCGUACCGUGGUACCAUGGCUGGCAUGUACAACAACUUCUGGUGGCUCGGCAACAUCAUUGCUGGCUGGACCACCUACGGCACCGAACUUCACCUCAAGAACUCGUGGGCCUGGAGAACGCCCACCGUUGUCCAGUGCAUCAUGCCCGGCAUCGUCAUGUGCCUCAUCAUGUUCUUCCCCGAGUCUCCCCGUUGGUUGAUCCACCAUGACCGCACCGAGGAGGCUCUUGCCAUCUUCGCCAAGUACCACGGCGACGGCGACGAACACUCUGCUCUCGUGCAGCUCCAGUACCGCGAGAUCGUCGCCGAGCGUCAGGCGACCCAGAACCCCAACCCAUGGUGGGAUCUUCGCGAGCUCUGCAACACCAGAGCCGCGCGCUACAGAAUGGCCAUGGUCAUCGGCAUGUCCUUCUUCGGUCAAUGGUCUGGUAACAACGUCGUCUCCUACUUUAUGCCCGCCAUGGUUGAAGCCGCUGGUAUCACCAACAAGUCCACUCAGCUUCUGAUCAACGCCAUCAACCCUAUCUUCUCGAUGAUGGGUGCUAUCUACGGCGCCACUCUUCUCGACAAGCUUGGUCGUCGCUUCAUGAUGCUUGCGGGUCUUGGCGGCGCGCUCGUCUUCUACUGCAUGUUGACCGGCUUCACUGCCUCGACCGCCACCAACCCUAACCUGUCCUAUGGUGUCAUUGUCAGCAUCUACCUCUUUGGUAUCUGCUUCGCCUGGGGCUUCACUCCCCUGCAGACCCUGUACGCCGUCGAGUGUCUGGAGAACCGUACGCGUGCCAAGGGCAGUGGGGCCAACUUCCUGUUCCUCAACAUCGCCAUGGUCGUCAACACCUACGGCAUCAGCGUCGGUAUGGAGGCCAUCGGCUGGAAGUUGUACCUCGUCUACAUCGGCUGGAUCAUUGUCGAGAUUGUCAUCAUCUACUUCUUCUUCGUUGAGACUGCCGGCAAGACCCUCGAGGAGAUGUCGGAGAUCUUCGAGGCCCCCAACCCCCGCAAGGCCUCGACCCGCAAGACCAAGCUCGGUCUUGACCAGUCUGGUCGUGUCGUCGGCGUCGACGAGGAGUCCCACUAA